UAUGUUACCACAGGCUUCUUCCCCGGGGCACUUAGUUUCAUCAUCUUCCAGGCCCAAUGAUGUUCAUUUUUCCUCAGUUUCCCCUUGUGAAAGGCGUUCCCAAAAUUCUCCAUUCAUUUUUAAAUUACCAGUUGAUGAAAAAUCAUUGUCACUGACACAUUCUUCCCAUUCAGAAGUACAACCUACAGCAUUGAUUAAUUACUCGGAAGAAAAUAAAGAUAUUUCCUGGUACCCAGAUUCACUUCAGGAAUUUCUUCAUUUCCCUGAAAAUGUCCCUGACCAGAAUGGCCUGGUGGAUAGUAGUGCUGGUGUCAUAACAUCUGAGGAUCAUGCUGAAAAGACCGAUUGGUCUGAUUGGGAUCCAUUAAUUUCCUUUGAUGAUGCUCUGGACCCAAACUGGGAGCUUCCCAUUGAUGUUGAUGCAGUGGAUCCCAAACCAAAGGUGUUGAACCCAUAUUCUGAUAUCCUGGUGCAGCCGCCCCUGAUUCAACAGCAUCAGCCAGUUCAAUCUGAAGAAUUUCGUCCCAGCCCUGAACCAUUGUCCACUGCACCUCCAACCAAACCCAGAAUGCGUUGGACACAAGAACUUCAUGAAGCCUUUGUGGAAGCUGUCAACCAGCUUGAUGGGAGUGAACGAGCUACUCCUAAGGGUAUUUUAAACCUCAUGAAAGUUGAAGGCUUGACAAUCUAUCAUGUAAAAAGCCAUUUACAGAAAUAUAGAACAGCCAGAUACAAACCGGAGUCAUCAGAAGGAGCGUGUGAGAAAGUUUCAACUCCGGUUGAAGAAACAAAUUCUCUAGACUUGAAAGCGAGUUUGGGGAUUACUGAAGCAUUGCGGUUGCAGGUGGAGCUCCAAAAGCGGCUUCACGAACAACUUGAGGUAUGCAGUUGGAAGACACAGAUUGCCUUCUCUAUUUUCUGUUUAGAAUGUGUAACAACUGUUUGCUUGUUGGGAACUGGGUAGGGUGUAAAGAAUCAGUGUAAUUUACAUCUUGA